AAACCGAUCCAACUUCAAUGUCCCAGAUAAGCCAAAGCAGAACACCCCCUCUCUCUCUAAAUCCAUGUCAAAUCCCGGCGAAUCUACCCGAAAUCCGACGGGAUUUUCCGUCCCAAUAAGUAACACAGACCCUCGAGUCCCACUCCUGAACCUCUCAGCUGUCCGUACGAGAAUGGAUUCACUUCAGCAAUUCCUAUCAGAAUCAGUCAACAACAACACUUUAAUCGGAAAGGAUCAGAUGGACAUGGUCUCUUCCGAGAUCUCCUCAGCCAUACAUGAAAUCAUUGUCAACGCUGCUGCUCUUCUCUCUUGUAACAGCAGUAGCUCACAACCCUUUACGCCUCAGCCGCCGGUGGAUAGUACUGCAAUAAAAAAGGCCCAAGUUUUGAAAGUAGAAAAUAAAGAAGAGGACAGUGAAGUCGUAGAACUUGAUGCGGUAGAAUUGCUCGCCGAGCAUGUUCAUUUUUGUGAGAUUUGCGGAAAAGGGUUUAAAAGAGAUGCGAAUUUGCGUAUGCAUAUGCGUGCGCAUGGGAAUCAGUUCAAAACCCUUGAGGCACUAGCUAAGCCUGAUAAGGGUAAUGAAACGAUAUCAGCUUCCUUUGCGGGGAAGACAAAGUUUUCUUGCCCUUUUGAAGGUUGUAAUAGGAAUAAGAAACAUGGUAAGUUCAAGCCAUUGAAGUCGGUGAUUUGUGUAAGAAAUCAUUUUAAGAGGAGUCAUUGUCCGAAGAUGUAUUCUUGUAAUCGGUGCAACAAGAAGAGUUUUUCGGUUGUUACGGAUCUGAAGAGUCAUUUGAAACAUUGUGGGGAGUCGAGAUGGAAGUGUUCUUGCGGGACAAGUUUUUCGAGGAAGGAUAAGUUGUUUGGUCAUAUGGCUUUGUUUGAAGGACACAUGCCUGCUGUUGCUGGUGAAGAGGAGGAUAGUAAGGCCAAGGAGGUGGGAGUUGGCGGCGCGGUGGAUAUGGAGGAGGAUGAAGAAGAAGAAUCGGUUGUAAAGGGAGAUAAUUUGGGUGGGGAUUGUAAUGAUAAUGAGUUUUUUGAGGGAUUGCUUGAUGGGUUUUGUUCCAUGGAGGGGUAUAGCUUGCAGGAUGUAUUGGGGUCUCCUUUUAGUGGAAUCGAGGAGUUUUCUGGUCUCAGGCAUUGAUCGAUCAGGUAUAUUUUCUCUGUUUUUUUUUUUUUGGUCAUUGUGUCUGUAUAUAUGUAUUGUAUUCUUUGUAACAAUAAGCACAUUAUCAGUCUUGUAGUUGAGAGCAUAGUAACAUACUGUAUUUUUUGCAGUAGCUAUGAUUUUUCUAUAUCACUUAUCAUUUCCAAUAAAAGUUUCCUGUUCUUUACUUA